GUUUGGAGGUUGCCAGGAGAACGCUACAUUUCGGACUGCAUUGUGCCGAGUGUGAAAUUUGGUGGAGGAGGAAUUAUGGUGUGGGGUUUGGCCCCUUAGUUCCAGUGAAAGGAACUUUGAAUGCUCCAGGAUACCAAAACGUUUUGGACGAUUCCAUGAUCCCAACCUUGUGGGAACAGUUUGGACCUCACCAAUGCGCUUUUGGAAGAAUGGUGGAAAAUUCUUAUGAACACAUUCCGCAACCUUGUGGACAGCCUUCCCAGGAGAGUUGAAGCUGUAAUAGCUGCUAAGGGUGGACCCACAUCAUAUUGAACCCUAUGGGUUAGGAAUGGGAUGGCACUUCAAGUUCAUAUGCUCAGUGGAGGUUUCUCGCAGGAGUCCGGUGGCCUCAUGGCUGUGUGCCAUGCUCUACUGCUUUGGGAGUUACAUUCUGGCCGACAUCAUGCUGGGAAGCAGCCCACUUGACUACUUCCAACACAACAGCCACAUCCUGCUAGCCUCUGCUGUCUGGUACCUCACCUUCUACUGCCCGCUGAACCUCUUCUACAAAUGUGUGGCUUUCCUGCCCGUCAAGAUGGUGUUGGUCGCCCUGAAGGAAGUCGUCCGUACUCGCAAGAUCGCCGCCGGCGUCCAUCACGCCCACCAUGCCUACCACCAUGGCUUCUUCAUCAUGGUCAUCGUCGGCUACAUUAAAGGGUCUGGAGUGGCUCUCAUUUCCAAUUUUGAGCAGCUGCUGCGUGGCGUGUGGAGACCUGAGAGCAACGAGAUCCUCAACAUGUCAUUCCCUACCAAAGCUAGUCUGUAUGGAGCCAUCCUCUUCACCAUGCAGGAGGCUCACUGGCUGCCGGUGUCCAAGGGCGUCCUCAUCGUCGCCUUCACCCUCUUCAUGGCCACAAGCAAGGUGUGGAUGACUGCCCGCCACUCUCACGGCUCCCCCUUUGCUCUCAUCGAGUCUUGGGUUUGCCAUCUGCUCUUUGGCUCCCCACUGGGCGGCUCUGAGGAAGACCAUCAUCAUCAUCAUCCCCCGGCAGCAGCAGUCCCGUCAUCGCUCAAAAGCAAGGAGGAGCUGAGCGAAGGCGCUCGCAAGAGGAAGGCCAAGAAAGCAGAGUAGAAAAACAAAGCAGCGCCAUAACAACGACGGAACCGCGUCUGACUCGCCAACAUGGCCUCCACUUGAUUACGCCCCUAUUUUCCUCGCCAGCGAAAGAGGCGCUUUCUAGUCGAGCCCAACGGUGCGUUUUUUAUUUAUUUACAUUUUCCAAGGACUGUGUAAAUACAACCAUCCACUCCUCCACCCUCCCUGGACAUUUUAAAGCUAUUUUUAUUAUUCCCAUCCAUGCUCCACUCUGCGUGGGUGUCCACUUUCUGGCACCGCAUGGUCCAUACCGGAGUGUCAGUGGUCCUCUUUGAGUCCAGUUCACUUGUCUCAGAGCAGAAAGAAAUUUAGGAAUCAGACAAAUGUGGAGAAAGUAUUCUGCGAUAGAAUAACUUUUUACUUUAAAGCUGACGAGUAAUCUACGGAUUUGAAUAAAAUGAAAAGAAAUGUUUU